AUGGCGGCGGCGCAGCCGAAGCCGGCCAAGAGGCUGGGCGGCAUGGCGGAGGCGCUCGCCAUCGCCGCCGACCUCGGAUUCCCCGCCCCUACCACGCAGGAGGAUCAGACUAGCUCUGACAAAAGCGAUGAUCUGGUGAAGGUUUUGAGGGAACUGACUGUCGUGCAGAGGAACAUUGCCAACUUGCAAGUGGAGCUACAGGGAAGAAAGGAUGAUAAAAAUAUUGCUCAUUUGACUCAUGUGAGUGAGAUGGAAAAGAAGUGUGAAUCUUUGGCCAGAAUAACUACUAUUUUGAAAGAUGUAAUUCAGAACAAGGAUCGCAUUAUUGCUCGGCUGCAACAACCUUAUUCCCUUGACUGCAUACCAGUUGAAGCUGAAUACCAGAAACAAUUCUCGGAGCUACUUCUGAAAGCAGCAAGUGACUAUGGGGCAUUGACAGCAUCAGUCGGUGAUUUCCAGUGGAGCCAAAACUUUAGGGAGUCACCAGCUGUCUGGGGGGAAAUGCUGCGACCUAUUCCUGCUGCACUUGCUUCCUGCACCCGGUUCUUCGAGGCCAUGUCCGCGAUGAGGGAAUCCUUUUCUACUCUUCAGAAACUACGUGUUGGCCAUUCCUCUCUGGCACUGACCCCAAGUGGCUCCAGCGACGAUUCAAAGUUCUUGACGCCACCUCAGUGGAGAGAUGGCUCGAUGCUCGAUAGCUGGAAGCAAGUGGAGGACAUCAACCCUGAGAGCUAUGGACUUGCUGACGCCAUGAACCAGAGGAGGUUGUCUUGGCCCUCCAUCAAGAGAGACCCGUAG